AUGGCGGUCAAUGAGAGGCAGCAACAGCUCGCUGCGAAGAGCAAAUCCUCCCUCUCCUCUCUUCUCCACCAUGAUCUCCUCUCUUCCAUACGCUUUGUCGAUGAGUGUGUGUGGCGCGCGCACCGCGGUUCGAGUCCCUUCCCAGCAGCCACCUCUCUGUUCAGCCCUGAUGUCAGCACCAAGAUGGCGUCUGACCUCCUCAUCAGGCUUUCAGAGGCCACCCAGAAGGCCCAGAUGCAUCCUGGGAGCCAGGAGGAGGCGGAGCAGCAGGACGAACCCGGCGUCGCCCUGUCGCCGGACGGUCCCGGUGCGAGUCCCGAGCCGCCGUCGCUGACCCACACCCCGGAGGGAAACGCCGUCACAGACACCCUGACCUCAGACACCCUGGCCUCAGACCUGCUCAGGAAACUGGCAGAGCGCCAGGAUGUCAGCGGCCACAUGUUGAGGCUCAAAGAGGAAGAGGAGCCUCUGGAGGUCGACGCCAUGACCCCAAGUCAGCCGGCCGUCAAGGAGACGACUCAUUCCACCUUAAGGAUGACGAACCACCUCUUUUCAAUCCAAGAUGGCCGCUCAGGUUUCUCUGGAGUGAAAAUAGAGGAGCACUUUCUGUUUGGAGCCAAGAUGGAGGACGAGUGUCUCAGAGCGGUCCUGUGGCAGGACAUGUCCGUCAACCUGGCCUCUACGCUACUGCAUCAGCUCUCCGAGAAGGUCAGUAAGUCCAGCUGUCAGCAGGUGGAGAGGAUGGCUCCACCCAUCAGAAGCAGUCCUGCUCUGAAGAUCAACAUGGACCACGUCUCUUCCUCCCCACAGUCCAGCCUCAGAGAAACUCCACCUGAAACGCAACCCAACAUCGUUAGAGAUCAAACCUCGGGUUCUUCUUACUUCUUCAGGUGUCACGUGUGCGGCUUUGAGACGGAGGGCCACGCCCUUUUCAAGAGUCACAUGACGGAGCACCGCCAAUGGGAACACAGCUCCUUCUCGCUGCACUGUUGCAGGUGCGACCAUUCGACCAAUCAGGAGGCAGAGAUGAUGGCCCACGUGGACACGCACAUACACGGCAAGACGGGAGAAAUGAGACGGCCGGCCCGUCUCCCCGCCGCCCCCAGCCGAGCUCUGCCGGUCGCCGUGGCAACGCCUCCGGAGCAGAGCACCUCUGAGCAUCGCUGCCGCAUCUGCCAGAGGUCGUUUCCCGGGCAACCGGAGCUGCUGGCCCACUUCCAGGGUCAUCGCCAGGGCAACCAGUACCGAUGCGACCGCUGCGGCCACCUGACGCGGACGGCCAACAAGCUGGUGGAGCACGUGCGCGUCCACACGGGCGAGCGGCCGUUCACCUGCGGCCUCUGCCCCUACAGCGCCAAGCGGCGGGACAGUCUGCGGCUGCACUGCAAGGUGAAGCACGCUAACGCCAGCGCUAACGCCAGCGCUAACGCCAGCGCUCACGCCGAUGUGCACACGCACCGGACCUACGCCCCCCACGGAGACGGCCAGCGCUCCAGCAAACACGUCCGGCGGCUGCACACCGCCUCCUCUCUUCCUCGCCCCGCUGCUCCUCCUCUUCCUCUGCUGCAGCCGCUGCUCUCCGACUGCACAGGGUGGAGGGAUUUAUCUCCUCUGCUCCCCAUCACAACGCUCAUCUCUCUGAAACCUCGCUCCUAUUUCUCCUCUUCCUCCUUUUCCUCCUCCUCCUCCUCCUCUCCGCCCUGCUCCAACAAACACUCCUUCCUGGGUUACCUUGGCCUCACUUCUUUGUAAAUGUUUGCUCUCCUCUCGUCCUCCCUUCUUUCUAUCCGUCCUCUGGACUACAAAGCGAUGGAUGUAAAGUCACCCAGCACUACGUAUGAGAAUGUCAAACAGCGCUCACAUAGGGAAUGUUUUCUAUUUAUUCUACUUGUGCAUCAAGCUCGUGGCUUUGCCUGCUUUACUCCUUCAUAUAGCCACUCUACUCUUAGCUAGGUGACCGUGGGACAUAUUUAUCUAUCGCCCGUCUCUCGUCCUCCAGAAAUGCUGAAACUGAAAAUCUUGAUUGUUUCAUAGUGAACAACAGGAAGGUUUAUUUGGAUGAAAAUCCUUUCUGAAUGAAGUCUGGUUAGUCAGAUCAGAGGAGAUGGUUCCAGUUUACAGAAAAUCAAGCUGAGCAGCAUUUUAGAAGUUCGUCUUUCAGAGAAGACAAACAAAGGUAAUUAUUUAUAUGCUAUGAAGAACAAAUUAAAACAAAAAUCAGUCUUGAUGUUUAGAACUAUGAUGGCGUAUAAAAAAUAUGAAAUUACCAGAAUAAGGUCAUAAUAAUUUUAUUCUUGUAAUAACAGAAAUAAAAUUAAAAUAUUUUUUUUUCUCCUACAAUUGUGAGAUAUGAUAAUAAAACUGGAGUAAUAAUGCAAAUAAUGUGAAAAUAAAAUCAGAUUAAUACGACAACAAAGUCAGAAUAAUUUGAUAAUAUUGUUGUAAUAAUAUGAGGAUGAAGUGAUAAUGACCUCUUGAUACCAUAACUGUAUGUUUCUAGUUUAAUGACCAACUUUCUGUUUGUUUUCGUCUCAUUUUGUGUGAAGUCGCCUCCAAUCUUACUGCCUCAUUUUUUUCCCUCUUAACUUUAACUUGAAAUCAAGAUAAAAAACCAUUUAAAAAACGUUUUCCUUAAUUUAGGAAACAAAUUGGCUAAAAUCCAGACUAAAAAUGUUCAUUAGAAAUCCAGAUUUUCCAUUAGUUAAUGAACACAUAACUCAUGAAGGGCUAACGGUCAUUAUUUAAGGUAACCGGUAUAUAAUCAAAUCCAUGAAGUGCUUUUAUUUUUAUUCUCAGCUGUAGUUUUUCUACUUCCUGUUCAGUUUGUUGCCUUCUCUUUGCCGCUCCAGGAUUUUUAAGGAUUCGUGUUUCUGGAGGACGGGGAUGAAAUUUCUGAUACUUGUGUUGUGUAUUGAUGAUGUAUUUGUGUUUACAUAACAACAUGAGGCUCUACGGAGGACAAAACAUCUCGAAAGUUGCACUAAAAUGUUGGUUUUCCGGAUGAGAGAGGAAUCAUUUUAAACAUUUCUUUAUUUGAUUACAAUCACUGAAGCACUCA